GCGCUUUGACUCUAGGGCUUGACCAUUGAAUUAAAAAAAAAAGGGAAACUCUAUCUUCACUGUCUUCUCCCCAUGCUCACUUCUUCCAUUGCCGCCCAACCAGUCCCACCACCCACCGUCGCUCAACGGUAAGUUUUAUUCGUUCUUUCCCAUUCGCUUUCUCCAUUUCUCUCACUCAUGCCCACCCAACCGUAGCAAGCGCCAGAUUUUCGCCCAACUUCGCACGCCGUCUUCGCAUAUCCGCCUUUGCCCAGAAUUUCCGCUGACAUCUUUCAAGCUCGUCGCUGCCGGGGUAACUUCUUGUCGAUUGCGGGCGCUGCUUGUUCUCGUAGUAGUAAUGACUUCAGUUAGAGGUCUUGGACAGUUGGGUAGUUACUAUGAUUCUCGAAUUGGCACGACGUGGAAUGCCUUUAAUGGAAAUCACUAGCUAGAAGCCUAGAAAAGGAAACAUAAUUCACUUCUUCACUACUCAAAAUUUGGAAGCAGUAGUCGCCGUAGCCAAAAGAAGAUGGAGGACAAGGAGAAGAAGGGGCUAGAAGGUACUGGUUUGUGUCUUCCAGUCAAUCACCAUGGCAACUUGAAGAGUGCUUCGAGCGAUCAAGAUUUCAAGGAUGUUCUUCUUCAAAUCAAGUCCUCCAAAACCACUGCAGUUAUCAAUUAUGGAGCAUCUUGGUGUCGUGUGUGCAGUCAGAUUCUUCCAGCAUUUUGUCGAUUGAGUAACAAUUUUCCGAAAGUUUCCUUCAUCUAUGCAGACAUUGAUGAAUGCCCAGAAACAACUCAACAUAUUCGUUACACUCCGACAUUUCAUUUUUAUCGCGGAGGUGAAAGAGUGGAUGAGAUGUUUGGUGCUGGGGAGGAACGACUGCACGACAGGUUGUGGUUGCACUCUUAAAGACAAGAUAGGUUGAGCACCAUAUUAUUAUCCCUAAUUAUUAGGCACUAUAUAGCUACAUUGAUAAUGGCUUUGUUUUGGUAUUUGAUCUUCAGUGACCGAGCUUGUUUGUUGACCAAUUUCAUUUUUCUUGAUAAACGCAAUGGUUUGAGCUAGUAGUGUUAAAAGUGGGUCAAAUUUACAAAUUUAAAACUAAUAACAGCUGUUACGGUUGUUCAUGUUGAUUAUAAGUUUGUUCUGAUUUCUAUUAAGUUGCUACAUACUCCUCAGAUCAAA